AUGAUCUCGUUCACCGCUUUCGUGCUUGCACUUUCAAGCAUAAUCCUUGUCUCCGCCCUUACAUUGAACAGCUCAUCACUGAUCCUACCAGGCUCUGCCGUAGCCAGUGUUACCAGCUCCAAUUACAUUCACGAAUGCAACGGGAUAAGAUACGGCUACAGCUUGGACAGCACAAGUUGCACCGAAGCUUUGAACCAAAUAGAUGCCUCCUCUACCACCGAGCAGACCUACGGUGCGCGGUAUAAAGGUUCAUUCGACGUAAAGUUGCCCAAAAGAUACAUCAGCUCGGACGGACGCUGCAUCAUCGAACCGAACAUCAUACUCGGUGAACCCUCCGCUCGUGCGAGUCUGCAAGAAGUCGCAUCCGCAGCCAGCUACAUCAUCGACCAAUGUGUGACUGCAAGGCCAUCCCAGGGCGGGAAAGUGCGCGAUAUAGGUGGCGACAACGACCUAAGCGUCGCCGUUCUAAAGUAUGAGCCCAAACAAGUGCAAUGUUCUGGCACGGUAUCCCCUUCGCUACUGUCAUCGUGCCAGAACAUCGUCAACACCAUGCCCGCAAGCAUGGACUUUACGACCUGGGGACCGGAAAAUGACCCACUGGCUGUUAUGAAGUUGCCUCUGACAUAUCAUUCAUGUGAGUUUGUAUACCAGGUCCUGUUCCCCAAAAAUGAUGCAUCUGAGACCCAGAUUGAACGAAUGAUGCAUUUAGUGGAUCAAAGAUGCAAAUUGAGCAUUCGCACUGAUGGCCUGACGGAUACAUUUUCGAGAUAUCAGUUGUGGACCGUGGCGGUGGCGCUGACUGGCGUGUGUGUGAGGAACGAACAGGGCUGGGCGAUCACCUCUCCAUGGAAAUUGGUCCAGCAUGAAAUCGCUAAAGUUGGGGGCAACAAGGGAACAGGAAGGUUCCAAAGGGUUCCUGCGUUUCGUGUCCACAACGUGCCAUUCCGCAGCUCUUUCUCUUUCCCUUUCUUGAUCUGCAAGAGUCUGAGCGAAAAUCAGAUCGAUCGCCUCACCCCUACCCUCAGAUAUGUCCCUGAAAAUCGCCUGAACGCAUUGUUGAAAUAUGCUCCCAGCCUUGUGAUACUACACAUCCACACACGGACACAGAGCUUGGAAGAUCACAUGUUGGCAAUGGGUAUCACCCCACGCGGAACAAAACCGCAAAACGAGGCCCAGAUCUCUAAAAAGGCCGCAACAGGUAUCACAGUCAUGCGCAAGUAG